GGCCCCCAGUGCAGGCCAGGCGGUGUCUGCACAGCCAGGCUGAGCUGGACUUUGGGCAGCUGGAGCUGCUGAGCCUCUACGAGGGAGCUGCUUCCCCCACCAGGUGCUGCCAUGGAGUCUGAUCUGUGCUGACCGGACCCAGGCAAGAGGUGCACAGCCCAGAGAGGCGGCCUGCAGCCAGUCGCCAUGGCAUCCCCCAUGGCAGAGAGCCAGCUGCAGAGAAUCAUCCGCGAUUUGCAAGAUGCUGUGACAGAGCUAAGCAAAGAAUUUAAGGAAGGCGGGGAGCCCAUUACGGACGACAGCACCAGCCUGCAUAAGUUUUCUUAUAAACUUGAGUAUCUCCUCCAAUUUGAUCAGAAGGAGAAGGCUACCCUUCUGGGCAACAGGAAGGACUACUGGGAUUACUUCUGCGCCUGCCUGGCCAAGGUGAAAGGAGCCAAUGACGGGAUCCGAUUCGUCAAGUCAAUUCCGGAGCUCCGAACAUCUCUGGGAAAAGGAAGGGCAUUUAUCCGCUACUCCUUGGUGCACCAGAGGUUGGCGGACACCUUACAGCAGUGCUUCAUGAACACCAAGGUGACCAGUGACUGGUACUACGCGAGAAGCCCCCUUCUGAAACCAAAGCUGAGCUCUGACAUCGUGGGCCAGCUCUAUGAGCUAACCGAGGUUCAGUUUGACCUGGUGUCGAGAGGUUAUGACUUGGACGCUGCCUGGCCAUCGUUUGCCAGGAGGACACUGGCCCCCGGCUCUUCUGCUUACCUGUGGAAACCCCCCAGCCGCAGCUCCAGCAUGAGCAGCUUGGUGAGCAGCUACCUACAGACUCAGGAGAUGGCCUCCAGCUUUGACGUGAGCAGCCCCGUAAACAACGAGGCACUGGAGGGCUUUGACGAGAUGCGGCUGGAGCUGGACCAGCUGGAGGUGCGGGAGAAGCGGCUACAGGAGCAGAUGCAGCAGCUGGACAGAGAGAACCAGGAGCUGAGGGCGGCUGUGAGCCUGCAGGGCGAAAAGCUGCAGGUGGAGAGGGAGAGGGGCCGCGCCGCUGCCGAGGACAACGCCCGCCUCACUUGCAUGGUGGCCGAGCUCCAGAAGCAGUGGGAGGUCACCCAGGCCACCCAGAAUGCCGUGAAGGAGUUCCAGGAGUGCCUGCGGGCCCUGCAGCUGGGGGCAGCAGAGAAGGAGGAGGAUUACCGCUCGGCCGUGCGGCGGCUGGAAUCUCUGCUGCAGCCCCUGGUGCAGGAGCUUGAGGCCGCACAGGACCCACUGGGCGGGGAGGACCGGCAUUCAGCUAAUGUCGCAGCCCAACCAGGCACGGCUGAGCAGAAGGCAGAUGCGGCACCGGACACACGGGGGCAGCAAGAGCUCCUCCCCAGCGCCUCGGCCCUGGAGGUCCAGGAGCUGCGGGAGAAGCUUCGAGCCCUGGAAAGAGAGAGCACCAAGGCACGGGAGCUCAGCAGGCGGCAGAGUGGCCAGCUGGAGCAGUUGGCCAAGGAGCUGCAGCUGAAGGAGGAGGCCCGGGCCGGCCUGGAGCGCCUGCUGGAGGAGAUGGCCCCGCUCCGGGAAGAGCUGGCCGGGAAGGGGCAUGAGGCGGCCCAGCUCCGGCGGCAGCUACAGGAGUCCCUAGCCCACCUGAGCUCCCUGGAGCAGGAGCUGGCGGAGGUGAGGCAGGGGGAGCGGCAGCGGCGAGAGGAGAAGGAGCUGCUGCAGCAGGAGGCCGGUUUCCUGGCACGGCAGCCGCGGCUCCUCGAGGCCCAGCUGGCCCAGCUGAGCCGGCACGUGAGCGAGCUGCAGGAGCAGAAGCAGCAGCUCAUCCGGGACAAAGACCACCUCAGCCAGAAGGUGGGGGCGCUGGAGCGGCUUGCCGGGCAGCCGGGCCCAGAUCUGCCCACGGCAGGGGAGAAGCCCGAGGCCCGGGGUCCCCCAGGUUCCACCCUGCAACAGGUCUUCAAGAAGCCGGAGGAGGAGCAGAGAAGCCCCCGGGAGAGCCAGACAGGUGAUAGCCAGAUGCAAGGGAACGGUCAGGAGGAGAAGCUCCAGCAGGCCAACAGAGAGCUGGAGAAGGAGCUGCAGAAUGUGCUGGAACGCAAUCAGCUCCUCGAGGGCAAGCUGCAGGCCCUGCAGGCUGAUUACCAGGCCCUGCAGCAGCGGGAGGCAGCCAUCCGGGGCUCCCUGGCCUCCCUGGAGGCUGAGCAGGCCAGCAUCCGGCACAUGGGGGACCAGAUGGAGGCCAGCCUCCUGGCUGUGAGGAAGGCCAAGGAGACCAUGAGGGCCCACGUGGCCGAGAAGGAGGCCGCCCUGCGGAACACAGAGGCCGAGCGUCAGCAGCUGCAGGAGGAGGUGGGGCUGUGCCGGCAGCUGGUAGAGGCCCGGGAGAGGGAGCUCGGGGCUCUUGAGCUCCAGUGCCGCCAGCAGACCCAGCUGAUCGAGACCCUUAUGGCGGAGAAAGGCCAGCAGGGGCUCGGCGCACCUGAAGACCAUGCCCACCAGGAGACAGCAGCCCAGCCGGCCCUGAGUCAGGCCCAGGUGGAGAACCAGCAGGGGGAGGCUGGGCGCCUGCCAGCUGAAGUGCUAGACCUUCAGGCCAAGCUCCAGGCAGCCCUGGAUGACCGGGAGAAGGUACAGGGCCAGCUGAGCGUGGCUGAGGCUGCUCUGAGGGAGCACAGGGCCCUGGUGCAGCAGCUGAAGGAGCAGAACGAAGCCCUCAAGAGGGCCCAGGGUCAGGAGCCGCUGCAGCGCUCAGAGCAGGAAGGGGCACCGCGGGCGGAGAGGACUGAGGAGGAGGAGCGAUCAUGGGCCGAGAACCCACCAGUCCCAGAAUGUGGCUCCCCGGAAGCCCGGCUGGAACAGGCCGAGUCGCAGGGGCAGCUGCCUGGGGCUAGCGCAGCCACCGACGAGCCCGGCGUCCAUGUCAGCACGCAGUUGGCAGAGAAAAAGCAGACCGAGGAGGCCCUGGCCUGCGCCAUGCGGGAGCUCCGUGACGUCAAGGAGGCAGCCUCGAGGCAGCGAGAGGGCCUGGAAGGGCAAGUGGCAGGGCUGCAGCGGGAGAGGGACAGUGUGCAGGAGAGGCUGAAGGUGGCCGAGGAGGCGGCCUGCUCCCUGCCUGGCCUGCAGGCCCAGCUGGCCCAGGCCGAGCAGCGGGCCCAGAGCCUCCAGGAGACCGCGCGCGAGGAGCUCAAUGCCCUCAAGUUCCAGCUGAGCACCGAGAUCAUGGACCACCAGAGCCGACUGAAGGCUGCCCAGGCAGAUCUGGGAGAGCAGCUGCGCGGCACCAGCAAGCGUCUUUCUGAGAGCCAGGCCGCCGUGCAGAAGAAGGAUGAGGAGGGGGCUGCCCUUCGCAAUAGCUUGGACAGGACCCAGAAGGAACUUGAAAAAGCCAUGGCAAAGAUCCAAGAGUAUUACAACAGACUCUGCCAGGAGGUGACAAACCGGGAGAAGAAUGACCAGAAGAUGCUCGCGGACCUGGAUGACCUGACUAGAACCAAGCAGUACCUGGAGGAACGGCUGAUCGAGCUGCUCAGGGACAAGGAUGCUCUCUGGCAGAAAUCAGAUGCCCUGGAAUUCCAACAGAAGCUCAGUGCUGAGGAGAGGUGGCUCGGAGACCCGGAGGCGAGCCACUGUCAGGACUGCAAGCGAGAGUUCAGCUGGAUGGUGCGGCGACACCACUGCAGGGUCUGUGGCCGCGUCUUCUGUUAUUACUGCUGCAACAACUACGUCCUGACCAAGCGCAGUGGCAAGAAGGAGCGCUGCUGCCGAGCCUGCUUCCGGAAGUUCAGCGAUGGCCCUGCAUCGCCUGACAGCGCCAGCUCCGGCACCAGCCAGGGGGAGCCCAGCCCUGCACUGUCGCCAGCCCACACUGGGCCCCAGGCUGCCAGAGGCCAAGACGCUGACUGCAGGCCGCCAGACGAUGCCAUGUUUGACAUCAUCACAGAUGAGGAGCUGUGCCAGAUCCAGGAGUCCGGCUCCUCCUUGCCUGAAACACCCACCGAAACCGACUCCCUCGACCCAAACUUGCCCGAACAGGACACCAUGUCAACCUCGCUAACCCCUGAGGACACUGAAGACAUGCCGCUGGGGCAGGAUGCCGAAAUCUGCUUGCUGAAGUCUGGGGAACUGAUGAUAAAAUUACCGCUCACGGUGGACGAGAUCACCAACUUCGGGGAGAGCAACAGGGAGCUGUUCGUGCGGUCCAGCACCUACAGCCUCAUCCCCAUCACUGUGGCCGAGGCAGGCCUCACCAUCAGCUGGGUCUUCUCCUCCGACCCCAAGAGUAUCUCCUUUAGCGUGGUCUUCCGGGAGGCAGAGGACACACCGCUGGAUCAGUGUAAGGUCCUCAUCCCCACGACCCGAUGCAGCUCUCACAAGGAGAACAUCCAGGGCCAGCUCAAGGUCCGCACCCCGGGCAUCUACAUGCUCAUCUUCGACAACACCUUUUCCAGGUUUGUCUCCAAGAAAGUGUUUUAUCACUUGACGGUUGACAGGCCUGUGAUCUACGAUGGAAGUGACUUCCCGUAGCCUCAAGCACCUGGAUUCUAGAUUCUAAUAGCUUCACUUUAUCCACAGGAAACACUACUCUUGCUCACCUGUCACAUAAAGCACCAAAAAAAAAAAAAAAAAAAAAAAGGCAGCCGCUCCAAAUGUGACCUGGUGUAGAACUGGGAGACAGGCCUCCGGCCGCCCCUCAAAGCUGCAUCGUCUGGAGCACUGUGUACUCAGCACUACGCACCGUCACUCUUAGCCUCCGUGGCUUUUAAAGGCUCAAGCAAUGUUUCCAGGGAUUAAGGACCCAACUGCCCUCACACCCAAAGGGACACUCUGCCGAUGGUUUAAACACUCAGGGGACCUUCAGCCUCUCUGGAGCCACAGCUGGUUCCCGGCCUCUGUGGAGAGCUCCACAGGCCAGAGUCAGU